AUGGUGAUACAAUCUCACCCAAAACAUUCACAGCCGCCCUCGAGAACGCAAUGCGAAAGCUGGAAUGGGACGAAAUGGGAGCGAAGGUGGCCGACAGCUAUUCCAUUUGCGCUUGCUGAUGACAUCGUACUCAUAACACCUACUCAGCCAAGAAAAACGAAUGCUGACCGAAUUCGACGAAACAUGUGGAUGCAUCGGUCUUCAGCUGAAUCUCCAAAAGACGAUGCUCAUGCGCAACGGAUGGGUCUCGGAUGCCCCAUUCGCGCUCAACGGAACGAACAUAUCCGAAUGCACCAGCUAUGUUUAUCUGGACCGGGAAUUGAACAUGAUGAACGACCUGACCCCGAGCUGGGCAGGAGGAGACGAGGGGCUUGGGGAGCGUACAAGAGCAUCGAGGAUGUAGUGAAGAAGACUAGGAACACCCGGCUCCGUGCUCACCUCGUCAACACCACCGUACUUCCUGCCUUGAUCUAUGCUUCGGAAACCUGGGCAUUUCUCAAGCAGGAAGAAAACGCGGUGAGCGUCAUUGAACGCGCAAUUGAGAGGAUGCUAGGAGUGUCCCGCUCAUCGGAGGUAGAUGGAUGUCCGGUAAGAUGUUCAUCUUCCAGAGAAAAUUUCCAGACCUGA